UGAUAGCAGAGGGAGCCAGGAGGAGGCUCAGGCUGGCUUUCUGGCUCACAUUCACAGGGCAGCUGCUAGCUAGCUCUCUCUCUCUCUCUCGCACUGUGAGGUCCUGGGCAAAGGUGGACAGGGAGGGCAUCGCAUCUACCAAACGUGAGGCAAGGGGGGGCACAUUUUACGGAGAUCAUCUGCCCAGCCAUUACCAGUCCUAUCUGCGUACAGUGUAAAUAGAGCAAAGCUAAUCACUACUGGUCAUACAGAGGACAUAUGACUACUCAGCUGGACACCGCUUGGCUGCCAAGAUUUAGCAGGUCCCCUCUGCCGAUCCUCACUGUGCACCCGUGACCUUUAGCUAAAAGAAGACCCGGCUCCCGACAAUGGAAGAGGACACCGCUUUGGAAGGAAAUCUGAAAGAAGAAGAGCCACCAACGCAGAGCAACUAGAAUUUUCUGUAUAGAGUCGCAUAUGUCUAUGUCUAACCUGUCAACAUGAACAAGGUGAAAAAUUUCAAGCGUCGAUUCUCACUCUCAGUUCCUCGAACUGAGACCAUAGAGGAAUCUCUGACAGAAUUUACAGAGCAGUACAACCAGCUGAACAGCGAAGGACUAGGUCACUCCCACCUACAGUUGUCUCACUUGAGCCCCGGAAAUGUUGCUCUGUCCCCGUCAGAUGAAGAAGGCUUGUCUCCCACCGCGUUGAGUUAUAGGAAUGCUGCCCACCGGCGUCUCUCCAUGGAGGAUGUCAGUAAAAGGCUGUCUCUUCCCAUGGGCAUCCGUUUACCCCCUGGGCUUCUGGACAAGCUGCAGAUGAAUAGUCCAGACGAUGAUCCAAAGCCAUUGACUCGGCUAUCAAGGAGAGCAUCCUUGUCAGAUAUUGGGUUUGGAAAAUUGGAAACAUACGUGAAGUUGGACAAACUGGGAGAGGGAACAUAUGCCACAGUGUUCAAGGGCCGCAGCAAACUCACAGAGAACUUGGUGGCCCUAAAAGAAAUCAGACUGGAACAUGAAGAGGGAGCACCAUGCACAGCAAUCAGAGAAGUGUCCCUUCUGAAGGAUCUGAAACAUGCCAAUAUCGUAACGCUACAUGACAUAAUCCACACAGAGUAUUCUCUAACCUUGGUGUUUGAGUACCUGGAUAGUGACUUAAAGCAGUACUUGGAUAACUGUGGCAAUCUGAUGUGCAUGCACAAUGUAAAGAUUUUUAUGUUUCAGCUGCUCCGAGGCCUGUCUUAUUGUCACCGCAGGAAGAUCCUGCACAGGGACCUCAAACCACAGAACCUAUUAAUCAAUGAAAAGGGAGAGCUGAAGCUAGCAGAUUUUGGUCUUGCCAGAGCCAAGUCUGUACCAACCAAAACGUACUCCAAUGAAGUGGUGACAUUAUGGUACCGGCCACCCGAUGUGCUGCUAGGAUCUACAGAAUAUAGCACACCAAUAGACAUGUGGGGAGUUGGCUGCAUCUUGUAUGAAAUGUCCACUGGGCGACCCAUGUUUCCUGGUUCUACAGUAAAAGAGGAGCUGCACUUAAUCUUUAGACUACUUGGAACACCGACAGAGGAAACAUGGUCUGGAAUAUCAUCUAAUAAAGAGUUUAAGGCGUAUGGCUUUCCGCAGUACCGUUCACAACCGUUGAAAAGCCACACACCACGGCUGGAUUCUGAGGGGAUUGAUUUAUUGAACAGCCUCUUGUUGUAUGAGGACAAGAAGAGGAUAUCUGCAGAGGCAGGCCUCAGACACCCCUACUUCAAAACUCUUGGAGACAGAAUAAUCACUCUGCCAGACAAUACCUCAAUCUUCACUCUGAAGGAGAUUCAACUUCAGAAAGACCCCGGUCACCGCGGCUCCAUCUUCCACCAAACAGGUCGUGGAAAGACCAGACGACAGAGCAUAUUUUAGACCAUUGGACAUUGUCUGACUUCUAUCCUCCACUGCCAGAGACUCCUGCAGUAAUCCAUAGCUUUGAAUAUUAACCUGCUCGUCUGCAGUGAGCCCUUUACCAUAUGUACUGUUAUGUGGGUAUCAAAGAUAGGUACAGGGACCAAGCAAGAGUAAAAUGUGGGGUCUUGCUUGCUUGCCCAUAAGCCCCUCUUAGUAUACGAGAGAUUAACAGAAACGUUUUCUAAAUUUAUUAUACUUGUUGUAUUUGCUCCUGUUAUUUUAACAUGCAAAUCAUAUUUUGCUACAGUAUAUGAGAGGCGUAGCUGCUAGUAUGCACUGUACUUGCAGUUCUCCUGUCACACAUUCCAUACUACAUGGUUAAGGAAAUCCUUUGUAUUUACAAAUCCUCGGAGGAAAGAGUUUAUUGUAGUACUUUCUAAGUAUAUUACUGCACUCUGAUCCAGGCACCUACUUUAUAGUAUGGUAUUUUCAUACCAUUGGCCACUAGAGGAAUGGUCACACCCACACUGACACUUGUCCAGGGGCAUAAAUACAACUUUGUGGGUCCUAUAACAAAAUUUAAACUGGCACCCCCAGCUUCUAGAGAGACACCUCUCUCUUCAGCACUCCACUGUAGAGGGCAUGCCCCAUGUGCUAAUGUACUGUACACUGCUGGAGAGCCCCCUGUGUUAUUUUGCUUCAGUCCUUCUAUGUAUUAUUAGUGUGCAUUAUUUUAGGCAGUGUGCACUGCAGUCAUGUGGUUACAUAGGUGGGAAGGGGUGACCCCGGUGGAUACUUCAUAAAUAUAUAUAUAUUUGUUUGA